AUGUCUACUGAAGGUAAAGUACUAGUCCCACAAGUUAAAUGGGCUCAAAGAUCAGAUGAGGAAGAUGAAGAAAAAAACUAUCUUUUGCUCACUAUUGGUAUAACUGAUUGCUCAGAACCAGUUCUAAAGAUUGAACCAACUUAUUUUGAACUUACUGCUAAUUCUAAGGGUCACGUCGGUAAUGAAGCUGCAAGUAAAUAUAAACUUCACAUCGAUUUCUUCAAGGAAAUUAUUCCAGAUAAGACUCUUCAUAAGGUUGCUAAUGGUCAACAUUACUUUUUAAAGAUCUAUAAGAAGGACUUGGGACUUGAAUAUUGGCCACGUCUAACAAAGGAAAAGGUUAAGUACCAAUAUAUCAAAACAGACUUCGAUAAGUGGGUCGACGAAGACGAACAAGACGAAUUGGAUGCUGACAACAACGACAUUGACUUCGCUGGUGCAGGUAUGGGCGCAGGUAUGGGCGCAGGUAUGGGUGCAGGUAUGGGUGCAGGUAUGGGUGCAGGUAUGGGAGGUGCCGGUGGAAACUUUGACAUAAGCCAAUUGUUGGGCGGUAUGGGUGGUAUGGGUAACCCUUCAGAUAAAAAUGCUAUGGCUAAUGCACUUUCCGGUCUUUCUGGUGGUUCUGGUGAUCCAACUGGUGGUAUUAACUUCGAAGAGAUGAUGAAGGACCCAGCAAUGAGAGAAUUGUUAGAAAAAUCAAAGAUGUCAGCUAAAGAAGGUGAAGAAGAAGAUGAAGAAGCUGAGAAGGACACCGAGUCAAAAUAG